AAAGGGGGGUUUAGGGUUUAUCUUCCCGGAGCUAAAGGAGAAUCGAGCAAGUGAUCAUCAAGUCAAGCGAUGGAGAGUAGACACGCCAAUGGUGAUUCGGAUCCGAAGUCCGUCGGACCUCCUUCUGCUCUGACCUACCUGGAUCCUCACUACUGGGACGAGAGGUUCUCUUCGGAGGAACACUAUGAAUGGUUCAAAGACUACUCUCAUUUCCAGCAUCUCAUCAAAUCCAACAUCAAUACCUCUUCUUCCGUAUUGGAGCUGGGAUGUGGGAACUCGCAGUUGUGUGAAGAGCUGUACAAGGAUGGGAUUCUUGAUAUCACCUGCAUUGAUUUAUCUUCUGUUGCUGUCGACAAGUUGCAGACUCGAUUGCUCUCAAAAGGCUACAAAGAAAUAAAAGUGAAGCAAGCUGACAUGCUAGACCUCCCCUUUGACACCGACUGUUUCGAUGUGGUUAUUGAGAAAGGAACCAUGGAUGUACUGUUUGUGGAUGCUGGUGAUCCAUGGAAUCCUCGUCAAGAAACCGUUAGCAAAGUUAUGGCUACUCUUGAUGGAGUUCACCGAGUUUUAAAACCAAAUGGGAUUUUCAUUUCCAUUACUUUUGGCCAGCCGCAUUUCAGGCGUCCUUUGUUUAUGGAUCCCAAGUUUAAUUGGUCCAUGGAGUACAACACUUUUGGCGAUGGCUUCCAUUACUUCUUCUAUAUCUUAAGAAAGGGAAAGAGACGAAUUGAUGAGAAAGGAGAAGAUGAGAAACAUAAUGAUCCACCAAUAAACAUGUAUCAAGAUGAACUUGAAGGCGAAGACUACCUAUUCCGAACAAACAUCGAUGCUGAUGAAGAUUAGUUGUUUGUUGGCUGUGUAAUGUUCUCACUAUUUUGAUUUAUAAAUUGUAACUCAUCUUUGGUUUUAAGACAAAAAGGACUAAACUAAAGAAAUGGAGUUAAACCAAA